AUGCAUUUUGCUUCGCUGAUCUCCUGUGUUUCAUUGCUAGCAUAUGCGCAUGCCCAUGUGCUAGACACACGGCAUGUGGGUAAGCAACACCGGGACUUGCAUCCGGACCGUCGAUCGGUCUAUGCGCCUUGCAAUUCAGUAGAAGCUGAUAUUAGUGUCCCAACACCCAUCGCGUCUCUCAAAUUCUCGGUAGAUGUGUCCAUUGACGCGACGGAUGAUGCUUCGUACUGGCUGGCAGAUAUCACGCACCAGGGUAUCGCGGCUUUCAACUCUAAUCCCUCAGAUUAUACUGUCUUCCGCAACGUCAAGGACUAUGGUGCUAAAGGUGACGGUGUAACCGAUGACACUGCAGCCAUCAAUCUUGCUAUUAGUUCCGGGGGUCGUUACGGUCCGUCGAGCGGACGGACAUCUACCACCACGCCAGCUAUUGUAUACUUCCCUUCGGGAACUUACUUGAUCUCCACCUCCAUCAUCGACUAUGACUUCACCCAAUUGAUUGGCAAUCCAAACUCAAUCCCGGUGAUCAAGGCUACUGCAGGCUUCACGGGCCUGGGUAUGAUUGAUGGUGACCAAUACCAAAGCAGUGGAAAUGCGGGCUGGACUGCGACGAACGUGUUCUUCAGGCAGAUUCGGAAUUUGAAACUGGAUCUCACUUCCAUUGCAGCAGCAACUGCCGCGACGGGGAUUCACUGGCCUGUAGGCCAGGCUACUAGUAUCCAGAAUGUUGAGAUCGUGAUGAGCUCUGCCUCAGGAACUCAACACCAAGGCCUUUUCAUUGAGAAUGGAUCUGGAGGCUUCUUGACCGACAUCACCAUCACUGGUGGUCUCUAUGGCGCAAACAUCGGCAACCAGCAGUUUACCAUGCAUAACCUGGUCAUCUCCAACGCAGUUACUGCCAUCUCGCAGAUCUGGGACUGGGGCUGGACUUACCAAGGUCUGACCAUCACAAAUUGUACCACUGCAAUUUCGAUCAAUAAUGGUGGUGCUGGUGACCAGCUUGUUGGCUCCGUCAACGUCUUCGACAGCAGCAUCGUAGACUGUUCGACCUUUAUUACCACAGCCUGGCAAACCUCAACUUCGUCCAACGGCAGUCUAAUUCUAGAGAACAUCGCUCUCACUGACGUCCCUGUUGCUGUGGAGGGGCCCAGCGGCACCGUCCUUGCCGGGUCGUCAGGCUCUACUACCAUCAGUGCAUGGGGUCAAGGCCACAAAUACUCCCCUAAUGGUCCUACCAGCUUCCAGGGCACAUUCACUGCCCCCACGCGCCCAUCUGCUUUGCUUGCCAGUGGGUCUUCCCGAUACUACACCAAGACGAAGCCCCAGUACUCAGCAUCGCCCACCUCUUCUUUCGUCAGCAUAAGAAGCGCAGGUGCCACAGGUGAUGGCACAACCGACGACACCACAGCUAUUCAAUCUGCCCUGACAUCGGCUGCAUCAUCCGGAUCAAUCGUUUUCUUCGAUCAAGGAACAUACAAGGUCACCAACACUCUCUACUUCCCCCCUGGACUUCGACUUGUUGGAGAGGCCUACCCUGUGAUCAUGGCCAGCGGUAGUGUCUUCUCUGACAUUUCCACUCCCAUCCCAGUGAUUCAAGUCGGCAAGAGCGGAGAGUCUGGCUCAAUUGAAUGGUCCGAUAUGAUUGUUAGCACCCAGGGGUCCACACCUGGUGCUGUACUCAUUGAAUGGAAUUUGGCAGCUGAGUCAGGUUCUGGAAUGUGGGAUGUCCACACCCGUAUCGGUGGCUUCGAUGGCUCAGACCAACAGAUCGCUCAGUGCCCUACUUCUGCAGCUGUCUCUGCAGCCUGUGAAGUUGCGUAUAUGUCUAUGCACAUCACUAGCUCCGCAAGUGGUGUAUACAUGGAGAAUAACUGGCUGUGGACAGCUGAUCACGAUAUCGAUGAUGCAAGCAAUACUCGUGUCUCUCUUUAUUCUGGUCGUGGUCUGCUGAUUGAAGGAACGACCAUAUGGCUAUACGCAACCGCCGUUGAGCACCACUCGCUCUACCAGUACCAGUUCUCUGGUGCCAGCUCAGUCGUAGCAGGCUUCAUUCAGACCGAAACACCAUAUUAUCAGCCCAAUCCUGAUGCGGCCGACAGCCCAUACCCUACCAACUCCACUCUUAAUGACCCCGACUAUAGCACCUGUCUUUCUGGCAACUGUGACGCCCUUGGUUUGCGUGUUCUUGACAGCGACAACAUACUUAUUUACGGUGCUGGUCUAUACAGCUUCUUCAACAACUACAGCACCGACUGCUCUACAUUCCCUACACCAGAGAAUUGUCAGAGCGAGAUUUUUAGUGUUGAGGGCUCUACCAGUGCUUUGACAGUCUAUACUCUCAGCACCGUGGGUACGACCAACAUGAUUGUCAAGGAUGGGACUUCUUUGGCGGUCGUGAGUGACAACUUGGAUACGUAUGCCGCUACGAUCGCAUACUUCACCCUGUAG